AUACAUGGAAGAUGUGUAACAAGGACACUGUAAUCAUAGCUGUAUUAUUUAAACCACUCAUUAGCAAACAGCCUUUGUUUUCUUAGUGAGGAGAAUAAAUUGUUAGUAAUUUAUGGUGUGGAAUUAAAUGUGGAAAGCCUUAAACAACUGUAAUAUGCAUCUCUGUAACAUUAUAGCCUAGUUUAUUCAUAUGUUUAUUGAAAAUUAUGAUUAACCUGAUGUUUGGUUUGUUACAUAAAUCUGUUAGAUAAGGCUAUCAUGUACGUAUAUCAUCAUCAUUACAGUAGAACAAUUAGUCAUACAGUUAAGUGGACAUAUAUUAAUAUUUAGGAAUUAAUAACGUUGUAAACGUUAUAAUAACGGUGUAAGGGAAAGCUAAUGAUAUAGUAGGUCAAGAUGGCGUGCCACGAUCUAGAGUGAGUCAUGGCGUCUCUAGAGUCUACAAAACAGCAGUAAUGCAUGGCCACUUUUACACACAGACAGACUUAACUAUAACUGACCGAAAACUACAUGUUGGUUAGUUUAAACAACAAAUCCAGCUCACUAAUUAACCGAAAGAACUUCGUGUUCAAUUUAAAGUACUUGUUUUGGGGUUUUAAACGAAAUAAAGACGACCUAAUGAGUCUUUCAGGUAAUCCAUAUUCAUCCGCUCUGAGUUCCUGCCAGCCUCACGCGGCGAAGGGAGCGGAACCCGGAUGAAACAUGGCGGCCGUCACUGACCUACCAGUCUAAAGAGAAAGGAGAGGAGCUUUUAUUCUAAAGCAUGGAGGUUGACCUGACAACAUCAGAUGAUCCGCCUGAAAACCAUGACCAGAGCCAGCAUGAGGACUCCUCACUGGACCACACUUUGCCUGUUGAAUUGGCGCAUCAGCUUCCAGAAACAGCCUCUUGCAAUGAGCAUUGUGACCAAGAUGAAACGGCCCCUGAGGACUCAGCCACUGAUAAUCUUCAGACAGACGGCAAAGCUUCUGGAAAGACUCCAUGUAAGAUGCAGCAGGGUGCAAUCUUCUCUGGAAAAAUACUGAGUUUUUGUUGCUCUGAGUGCAAAGACGACACCACUUACAGCCCUAACGACUUGUUGAAACAUUUUCAAGGAGUACACAAGGGGACUCCUCCAACUUAUCCUUGUGAUUUAUGCUUAUUUGUCACCAAUGAAUUCUCAUCUCUUCAGCGACAUCGCAUUGGGCAUCGAAACACAUUAGUCACGUGUGAGAUUUGCAAUGAUGGGGUGCAGUAUUCACUUCUUUUGCUUACCAGGCACUUUACAAGCUGCCACAGCCGUAAUGGACAGUUUAGCUGUAAAAAAUGUGAGUUCUCCACCCGAGAUGCAGGAACCUUUGUUCAGCACAUCCAUCAUCACAAUGAACUCAAUCACAACGCUCGCAGGGAGUACCUGAGCAAACAUCUUACUCUGGCACAUGGUGAGGAGAUGAACAAGUGGAGACCAAAUGAGGACAAUUCAUCUGGUCUAAAAUUGUUGCUUAAAAAGUCUCCUCCAGGUGGAGGGUCCAGAGAAUCACAGUGGAUGUCAAAAUAUAACGCUAUUCCUGGUGUAGGUCUUUUUGAUCAUAACGGCAGGUUGAUUAAUCCUGAAAAAACCUUGGAGGACACCCAGCAGUUUCUUGAAAGAGCCGUCGGGGUUAAAAAAGAGAGUAAUAAAUGGACAAAAUCUCCCCUUAAAAGUGAGCCACAAAUAUUGCAGCUCAUUCCAUCAGCAACACAGCAACCAAAGUUACAAGAGCAUGAGAUUAGUCCUGGAAGUCCAGGACAUGGCAAUGGACUGACUGUUCUUAUGGUAAAAAAUAAAAUUUCUAUUCCACCAAACUGCACCACGCAAGUCAUGGGCUUUAAGAUGGUAGAUGGCAAAAAGCAUUUAGUUCUAAAGGUCAUACCAACAAAACAAGAGGACUCCACUGAAAGUGAGGUUUUUGAGUCACAUAUUAGUGAAGAUGAAAAUAAACCAACCAGCAGUCCUUGCUCUUCAUCAAUAGCAUCUCUUUUAAGUUUAGAGUCUGGAGAAUCAAAUGAAGCCUCUUUAAUAGCGGAGGAGUCACACGAGGUUGAAAACCACAUUGGCCACCAUUACCCCUUGACAGAAGAGCACAAGGUUUACUUUGAGACCACAAGAAAGUCGGGGCAGGUUAAUGAGGAUGCUGAAAUUGCACAUAGUGUUAAAGUACUGUCAACAGCAUCAAAAGAUCGCUCGCUUUCCCUGUGUCCGAGCCAUAGAUCGAAUGGGAGGUCAUCGCCUCCUCCUCACGAGAUGUCUUUCCUUUAUCCAAGUGAAAAAAGACUCACUGAUGAUACCCAGACAUCAAAUUCAGCCACCACACUUUCUGAUUUGCUGACGGCUCCAGUGAAUGCAUCCAAAUGCAAGACUACAGCAUUAGCUUCUCUAAUGGACGAAGAAUCCACACUUACUGAUGCUGUUUCACAUUCAAGGUCUGACUCUGAAAUUUCUGUAGAUGACAAGCCCACAAAUGCUGAUAUCCUGAAAUCUAAACUUCCAACUGCAGAUGCAACAUUUUCUAAAACGACUCUUAUCCAGGAACCUCAUUUUAGUUCUAAAGGUGGUGAAUCAUUUGAGAAUAACAAUGAACCUACUACAAGUUCUGUGGCUGAAGAAAGGCAAGGUCCUAAUUCUGUCAAAGCUAAGACUUCACUAUGUGAGGUGACUGACAAAAAGACCUGUGACGCAGAAUUAGGAGAGAGCUCUCAGUUUUGUUCAAAUGGCUUUUCUAACUCUCAAGCUUCAAACAUUGUACUUGAAAAUUCCACAGAGGUAAUAAAUAACAAAGCCACCGAGACAGACUCAAAAAAUAAAACUAGUAAAGGUAAAACUGAAUAUAAAAAUCCCAGAGAUUCUCUCUCGGAGGUUGAAAACAACUUUCUAAAUUCCCCAAGCCAAGAGGUCUUUAGUUUCCAUAAUUAUUCUAAAGAUACCUCUGGGAGCUCCCCUGAGUCAAUGCAGCCUGAAGAAGACUCACAAGAACUUGAGGAAGAAGAGUGCGAGGAGGAUUUUGGUGACUGGAGCUUGACUCUGCCAGCAUCACCACCUCUUCCAGCUGAAGAAGAUAGCAAGGAAGGACCUAAUGAGAGUGAUUUGGUCUCUGAAAGUGGAGAGAAAACAUUAGAGCGAGUGUCAGAUAGUGAUAUCGAGGUUGAUGAGUGCAUAGCUACUGUUGAUGAUUCACUCAUUCCUGUGCUUCCAGAAAAAGGAGGAGAAGCGACUAGUUUAUCAACAGAAAAGAAACCGGAAGGUCCUGCUGUUGCAAAUGAAAAUACAGCGCCAAGCUUGAAUAAUGCAGCUGUUCUGGGUAAGAUACUUGAAAAGCACUCAGACGCCAUUAUCAGCCAGCAACUUGAGAAAGAAAGGAUGAUGUCUUCAGCUCCAGUACAAGAAACUGUAAGACCCACCAAAACCACACUUCGGAUCUUGCAAACACCUGAAGGAAAGCAGCAGAUGUUCCUUCAGACUACAGACACUCCAUAUCCUGUGCCCGUUCAGCUAAAAAGCGGAGCGGGCUUCAAGCUGAUAACUAAGGCCUGUUCUCCUAAAAUUAAUGUGUCCUAUGUGAAACCGGGGAUUGAAACGGCCUGCAAGACUAAGGGAGUAGCUCUCACAUUAAAUGGAGGUCGAAUUGGCUUGUCUGCUCAAAGUUCAGGUCUUGAAAAUAAAGGUGAAGCAUCAGUCCAAACAGCACAAAGUGGAAACCGCUACUUUGUCAAUGCCUCAGCCCUUAAAGCUUCAAUUCUCUUAUCAGGUGCUGUCAAGUCCUCAUCUGGAGAACCAGCUGCUAAUGUGCCACAGACUUGUUAUUUAGUUCAGAGACCACUCCCUGUUAGUAGUGAGUCAACUGGUCCAAGUUCUAAGACUGUGCUUGCUACUCGCCCUGUAUUGGCCGUGCCUGUGAAUUCAGCAGAUAAAGGUAGUUCAUUACAGGCUGGGAGACAAGCUUACUUGGUUAGAUACAUUUCUUCAGCUAAGUCAAGAAUACUUUUGAACAGUACAGAUGGACAAACCCUGAGUCAGGACAGCCAAGUAAAUGAGGCUGGCAAAAACCGUGUUUUCCUUAAGGUAGUUAGAGGACCCGAUGGCACUAGAUUUCUCUCCGCUCCAUACAGCACUGCCAAAAAGCCAAUAUACCUUGCCACAAACUCUUUACAGUCACCCUACUUGUUAAUGUCCUCAAAUCAGUCUCUUAACAACACGUCUGCAGGUUUCAAAACUUCUACUAAUCUCCAAGGUCUCACCCAUAAACUCAUCCCUGCGUCCCAGCUUCAACAUGUUCUGCCCCAAUCCAAAAUUCAAAUCAAAAGGAUAAGCAGGGCUGAUCAUAAUGGAGCAUUACAGAAGUCACCACUUGUCCCCGGUUCCAACCGUCCACUAAGCCAAAGGAAACGGAGGCGAAGGGCUUCGUUAGAGGAAAUGCGAGAGAGCUCAAAAAUGAGGAGAGUCUCAAGCAAGUCGUCAGCUGAGAAAGAUGCUACCUCAGAUUGGGAGCCUGGUGCGAAAGAUGUCGUGAGAUUGCUGAGGCUCUGUCCCUUUAGUCCACUCCAAGAAAUCAAAUAUCCCCGUCGAAACCAGCCUGUGGUUGUGCUUAACCACCCAGAUGCAGACAUUCCUGAAGUUGCUAGCAUUAUGAGAUCCGUGAACAAAUACAAAGGCGAAGUUCUCAAGGUGGCACUGUCCGAAAGUACAGUUAAAGCCCUCUCCGAGUCUCCAAGUACACUUUCAAAGCAGAAUGCUUCCAGUGGCAGUGACACCAAGAAAUCCAGGCCAGUAGGAGGCAAUGUUCGAGAGAGAUUCAUUCUGAAACUAAAGUUAAAAAAGACCUCCAGAAAUAAGUAUGAGGUGGUGAGAUCCUCAACUUCAGGUUUAGAUCAGCAGAGGAAGUUUUGCUGCUGGUUUUGUGGCAGAGUUUUCAAAAACCAAGAGGACUGGAUUGGUCAUGGUCAACGCCAUCUAAUGGAGGCAACGAGAGGCUGGAGCAAGCUGUACUAAUGCAACUACAGGCCAAACGCCAUCCUUCAUUGUAGAAAACAGAUUUUUUGUAAUCCUUUUUUAAUAGUACAGAUACAGUUAACUUGUCUUAUUUUUCCAUAGAUUUGUUUUGUUCUCCUGAAGCUUUUAAAGGGUAUAGUGUAAUAGAGAAGAGUUUGGUACCUGAAAAAAUUUUGUAUGUAUAUAAUUUUCACCCUUGUAUAUUUAAAUCAGAAACCCUUGAGUAUGUAUAGAACGGAACUGUGAAAACUGGACACACUGUAUGUUUAUGGUGCAAGCAGAAAGAUCACUGGUAUAAAGAUGGUGCUGUCUCUUAUAGACCUCUUUUAAUGCAGACAAUUGAAUCAAUUUCUCAGGUAAUUUCACAUUCUUUGAAUGAGUGAACUGUCCAGUUUAUAAAGAGUUGUCUUUUAAUUCUGAAGCUUUGUUUGAUUGUAGAUUUAAACAUUAUGUAUCAUUUAAGUACGGUUUAAGUUCGAUACAUAUGUCAUACCUACAUCACUGGACCAUAGUUAAGAGAGUGUAAAAACAAUCUUCAAAAUGAAUGGAAAUAUCUGCAAAUUUAAAGGGAUAGUUUGCCUAAAAUUGAAACGUGGUCAUUUACUCACCCUAAAGUAUUAGGAGGUUAAAAAUAAAGUAAUAAACAACAUUCUGAAGAAUGUUUCACCAAACAUUACCCCUUGACGUUCACUAUAUGAAUACAAAACAGAUAAUUUUGUAAUAUAUUGUCUCAAGAUAUCACAAUUGGAAGUAUGGAAUGUGAGAGGAAAUGAUUAGAUAUUAAGUUUUAGGUUGGAAAUAUCCCGUUAAUUGUUAUUUUUAUGAAAAUAUUGACUAAAAACAAUCCCAACUGGUUCCUGUGGAAGCCUUCCUUUUGAGGAAAAUUCUCAUUUGAGGUGGUUUACUAUUAAUACAAUGUAUUUUUUCCCUCAUGUUGUUUUUUAGGCUCACCUUUAUGUUUCCCUGGUACCACACAUCUCCCUUCAUUAUAUCAAAUCAGACCCGGUGUCAUUUCAGUAGCAAUAAUAAACUAUAUGAUAGUUGUUUUUCUGUAAAGGAUUUCUGAUACCUGUUGGUUGUAGUGUUGGUGCUAUUUGUUGUUCUUUCCCUUAUUUCAAAUGAAGAAAAGCACCUCUAAAUGUUUUUAUUUUUAUGGUAAAAACAGGAUACAUUGAGAUGCAAGCCAACAAACCUCAAAUAGCCAACCAAACACUAACUGUGUUGUUUCUGUGAUACUUGAGUGCCUCAUUCUGCCUCAAAGCUUUAAUGAGAGUCUGCUUCUUUUCCACGCUAAAGUCCAGAUUUGUUAGAUUCCUGUGUGCUUAGCAGAGUUCAAAGAUUACAUUUUGACCAUUGAUCCUCGCUAGGCUACAUUGAUUGUUUUCAACCGAUUUGUUCAUUUUAUGAAUUUAUUUUCUCAUUGAUAACCCCAAUAUCAAGCAUUUUCUGUUGUAUAUGAACGGUUAAAAGCAUUUGAUGCAAGUUUUAAUUGGUCAACUUAUGUAAACACUGUCCAGAACUGAUACAGUGACCAUAAUGGUGCUUUUAAAUUGAGUUGAAUUAAUCUUCCAACUUCAGACGAACUGCUAAAGUGAUUUCCGCAAUUGACAGAUGUGUUCAUUUGUCUUCGUCUACUGUGUUUGAAAGAAGCUUUGAUGGCAGAGAGGUAAUAAUCCAUCCUUCAUUAUUCAGUCGAUAUAUUCCUUUAUCAUAGCUUAAAUCGGAGGCUUUACCUUCUAAUGUUUGGUCUGUUCACAUUUGUUUCUAACACACGUCGUCAGCUGUUUUUAAUAUUCACUCAGUUUGUUUGUCAUUCUCUUUGUGACAUGACAAUCACUGUUAUACACGUGAUGUAGUGGAAUUGUUUAUGCAAACCAUUAACUGUUGACUAUAUUCGGCUCAAAUGGCCUAGCUUGAAACAUGUAACGCCGUAAAUGAGCAAAAAUAAUAAUGUUUUCACUCAGACAUCUGUCAACCAAAUGAUGUUGUGUCCUGAAGCAAAAAUGUCCUUCCUUGUUGUAAUGCCCAAGUCACACAGGUUUUAUUAGGAUCAGAGAGACGAGUUUAUUUUUUUAUGCAAAGUGCCUAAAAUGUGAUGCACCAGGUUGACACUAUAUUGUACUGUAUUUACCUCCUUGCAGUUCCUUCUUUAAUAAAUGUAAAUACCUUUGAACAACA